GCGGUUAAUCGGUGUGUGUCACAGUGAAAGAAAUCGUUUCUCUUCCAUCUGUGUGGAUGGUGUGUUGAACUGGAUUUGCGAAGCAAUCUAAGUAGACCAAUUCUGGUAACACGUUCAGGGAAGGUUGUUAUGGAAGUUGAUAAAAUGGACGAGAAUGAAUGGAAAUACCACGGUGAGGGAAACAAGAGCUUGGUAAUUUCUCAUGUUCAGGAUGUUGCCGUUGCUUCCUUCAGACUCAGUAGUACUAAAGGGAUCCUGGCUCCGCAGCACUCUCAGGUUCUACGUUUUUUAAAGUAUCCUGCCGAAGAAAUUGAAAACCCGCGCCAGACAUCAGAAGAAGCUUUUCAGCAAAUACAGAACAUUGUGGACUUUAGUAAAAAUGUUAUGAAGCCCUUCCUUGGAGAAAAAUAUGUUCACCAUGGAGAAGCUGUUAAACUACCUUUGGACUUUGUUAGGCAGCUUUCUUCAAAGGUUCAACAGAAAAGGCCAGAAUCCCGCUGUGACAAGAUGAUGGACACAUUUAGUGGAUAUGCUUUGUGCCUACCAAAUCUAACUAAACUGCCUGAUUGCCACUUCAGUGAAAACAGGUCUCCACUUUGUAUAGAAAUAAAGCCCAAAUGUGGAUUUCUGCCAUUUUCAAGACAUGUCACUAAGGAGAUUAAACACAAGGUGUGUCGGUUCUGUAUGCAUCAGCACUUGAAGCUAGCCAAUGGAAAAUGGAAGCGGCUCAGCAAAUACUGUCCUCUUGACCUGUUCUCAGGGAACAAACAGCGAAUGUACUUUGCAAUAAAACAUUUGCUGGAAGAGGCACAGAACAACCUAAAGAUCUUCAAGAAUGGAGAGCUCAUAUAUAGCUGUAAGGAUGACAAGGAUCAUCUCCAGGAUUUGAAUGAACUCGCCCAGCACUUGAAACCCUACUUCUAUCCUGCCAAUGGUCUCAUCAAUGGCCAUCAGUCCACGAAGGCGAUUGUCAGUGAGCUCAUACAGGUCAUCACAGCGGUGCUGCUGAGUAGCUCAGACUCCUGCCGGACAGGAGACAACAGGAAGGUGCAUACUUCAGAGGGAAGGGGUUGCUGUGAGGCCAGCCUCCUGCACAGAGACAUGCACAGAAAAGGCAAUACUUGCUUACCUAAGGACUGCGUUCUUUCAAAAAUACUGCAAGCUCAAAUGUUGGACAACCUGGACAUUGAAGGACUUUACCCCUUGUACAAACGGGUGGAACAGUACUUGGAGGAAUUUCCUAAGGAAAGGAGCAGAUUACAAAUUGAUGGGCCCUAUGAUGAAAGUUUCCUUGAAAAGGUCAGGAAUUGUCCUUCUGAAGAUGACGGCACAGUUGAAUAUGCAGUUGGAAAGGUCCAUCAGUACAGAGUAGCAAUGACUGCCAAAGAUUGCUCUAUCAUGAUAGCACUUGCACCCUGUGGAGAAGAUGAACUACUGGAGCCCAGCCUGGAGAUUCAGCCGUCAAAGACCAGGUUUGCUUAUGCGGUAUCCAUCCUGGAUUUGGACCCUAAACCUUACGAGAACAUCCCACAACAAUAUAAGCUCGACACAAAAAUAGUCAACUACUAUCUAAAGAGUACACAGGCCAGAGAAGACCCGUCAGCACAGAAUCUCCUUCUGGACAGCGAGGCCUGCACGCUCCUGUUUCACCCAGUGUGAAUGCCAUCAAGUGUUUCUGCACUUCCUAUCCAAGCACUAUAUGAAGUGAGCAAGGGUUGCAAAGGUGUACCUUUUUUUUGGAAGCUGUAUGCCAUAGUAGAAUGCUGUUGGCAUUGGGUUGUAAAUGGCGAGGCUGCGCUGAGUUGCCUGUAGUUAAUGUGAGUCCUACAGGGUACCCGAGAGCCCUGGACCGAGAGUAUGGGUGUGUAAUUGUGCCAUCUGGUUACUGAACUGUGCUGAAUAUUUUAUAGCGUGCAUUUGUAUCAAGGCUUGUACAGACUGAAGGUUUUUGGCGCUUAGUGUCACCACUAAAGAAGUUAAAGCAAAAUCGAAAGUCCAUAACGGUAACAAAAAUGAGAAAAGCACAGUAGGCAGUAUAACAAAAAAUCUUAGUAGGGAAAUAAGAAUGUAGUUAUGGGAGGUUCUAAAUUACUGUCUCUCCACUACCAUUUUUAACAGCAAUAAUAGAAUGUGCUGAGAAUUCCAAUAUACUUGGACAUCAUUCAGUGUUUUUACAGUUGUACAAUGACUAAUGUAAGCCACUGUUAAGAGUAUUCAAAUGACUGGAAGGAGAAAGAUGGGCAUUUCAAAUGUAUGAUGAAGUGCAAAAUUUACAUUGACAGUUCAGUCCCUUGCCGGAAAAGUCGUCUUUUGGUGCCUAAUAAUUCUAUUCUUCAGAACAUAUCAGAGCAUUCUUGAGUUCACCUCCCAGUUUAUCUGUAAAUUGAGACUAAAUGUAUUUUACAAAUUCAUAUAUAAAAUAUUGCAGUGUUUAAAUGAUUUUAAAACUGCUGAAGUGUAACGGACAAUCCUGCAGUCUGUUAUAGCAGUAUAGGAUUGGUUGGAAAGAAAAUCAACAUCAGUAUUAGUACAGUCAGUACACACCGUCCCAUUUCCAAUUUGAGUUAUUUUUCCAGAUUGACUAGCUGGAAAUCGAUAUUCAUAUAUAUCCAUUGAUCCAAAAUUACAAAGACUGUUUGAUUUCCUUUGCUUUAACAAUCAUAUUUUAAAAAGUUAAUUUCUUCGAUUGAUCAAAGAAACCAAGGGAGAUGGUUAACUGACUUCUAACAAGGUUUCCUCUGCUGAAGUUGUACCUAAACUCCUGUAGAGCCUAUGACUUAAUAAAGAAUAAACUACAUUUAUUCUAAGUGGUGAAAAAAUAACCAGUAGGCUCAGAAAGAUAUUUGGGACCUUUUUAAGUCUGCAAAUAAUCAACCUCAUGGCCUUGAUACGAUUGCCAUUUAGCUGUGCUUAUUUUAGCACUUUUUUUUUUCUAGUGGCAAAAACAUUUAAAAAAUCCUCAAGUUGUGCUGCUAAUUUUAGUAUCUGCCUCCACUUCAUUGUGCCACUAUGGAUAGUGUCUUGUCAGUUGAAAGAAACCUAGUUAUUUAUUUGUGAUAUAAUUAAAAGCAGUUAAAACAGAAUGGUCAUUCAGCUAAUUUUAUACUCACAGGUUUGUAGCCCUAUUGUUUGAGAGCUACAUCACUGUAAAAAGUGAUUUAAAUGGUUUAGUAGAAGUAGUUAUCUCAAUACCAGUGUUAAGUGAAGUGUGUCUACAAUUACACCAACGAUGACUGUUUACAACACAUGCUUGGACAUCAGAUUUGGAAUUUGAGGACAGCUCCUGAGCUGUUUAAAUUUGCGGGGACAUCAUUAUUUUGCUAAGUUCACCCAGUUUCUCCUUUGCAAGGUGUCAAAGCGGUAUUGUACUUUGCAGAGUUCGGACUAGAUGCAUGUGAAUCAAAAGGAUGAGCGGUGUCUCAUGUGAAUGAGUCCUCAUGAGGGGUUGAGGUUGAAUCCUGUACAGUCCAAAGAGUAGGUGAGAAUUGUAUCUUCAGAGUGUUUUACAACAAUAUUGUUGUAGUAAAACCACAUUUACAGUUGACAAAUCCAACUCUACUGUGAGGGAGGUGUAUAAAAAGAAAUGAUUGGUGAUUCCAUAUUUAAAAAAAAAACAUUUUACUUAAGCAGCAAUAUGUUACAUUAAAAACACAAUUCAAUACAUUUGCCUAUAAAAUCCUAUAGCUGGGAAUUUUACUGUACAAAAAAAGUGUAUAGGUUCUCUUUUUAAACCCGUCCUUAAUAUUAAAAGGGUAACAUCAUUCUUCAUUUUGUUUCUGCUAGACCAAGACCUGCAUUUAAAACAAAGUCAAACUCUAUUAUAACAAGCAAAAAUGGAUAAUUGCUUUUUGUGAGAAUUAUUUUUGAAAUGUUACCUAAUAUUUAAACCAAAGUUAUUUUAGUGGGUGGUCCAGUAUGUUAAUAUAAAUGGCUACAACAAUUAAUUUCUUACCAAAGGACAAGUUAUGCAGAUUUAGUUUAAAUCUUUUCAGACCAUUAGUCUCGUGGUACUGAAUCCAGUUGACUUACACAGUUACACAGUUGCAGACAACAGUGUUGACGCCCUUCAUUUGAAACUGUUAUCCCAAUUAUUUAGAAAUGUAAAAGUAAAGGGUUAUUAAAAUUGUACAUGUUAAUUUUAAUGCAACUUUUGCAAAGUUUGACUACAGAUUUAUCCACUUGAGUGUUGAUAAAAAUUACAGGUGAAGUAACUCGUUUUCAGACAGGGGGUGCCAAUACACAAGUCUGCAACUCCACUGAUCUCUGUUCAGACUAAAGGCAUUAAACAGAACAUUGUUUGGAAUACUAUUGGGUGCCAAUACUAUUGUGUAUAAGCAUGUAGAACUAAACCCAUCGAGAAAACAUUAGUAGACGUAAUUAUAUCUGUGUCAGCUGGUAUCCAACAAUUUUAAAUGUCUGGAAGCUAAUGGUAACAGAGUUCUACUGUAUUUUUCUAGGGAGCUGUGAAAAAAGAAAACUGAUUGUUUUCUGUUAACUUGAAUUAUCGCUUUUGAAGUAGGAAUAUAACACUCAUUCUUUUCUGAAAGAACACAAAUAGAACCACUCUGGUACCUUUAAUACAAAAGAAACAGCGAAGUGUAAAAGAUAAUUCAGAGUUGUGGUCUUUACGUUAAUGAUUUUUGGCAUUUUAUAUUUAAAUACUAUUUAUUUUUCAGGGCAUAUAUACCAUGGAGGCAUAUGUACAUCAGGCAUUACAUUUGACAAAUAUUUCUUGAUGGGGAUUGUACAGAGGUGUUUAUAUUGAAUAAAAUAAUAAAAAGA